GAAGAAGAAGGGGAGAAGCGUACGAAGGAUGCGACGAUGCAGCUGGCGCAGCUCAGAAGUUGGUCGCGCAAGCUCUUCCACGCGCGUCUCAAGCUCGUCGGGCUCGUGCUGCUGCUCGCCGGUGGCUCAAGCGACGCCUACCUCAACGUCUUCAUCAGUCAAUCGCAGGUCAACAAACUACUCGGACUGGACGCGGAGCUGUACUACGUGAGAGGCGGCAUCAUCAACGCGUACGCCAUGAACUUUGUCGUCCCAGUUGCGGCGAACAUCGACGACCUCGAAUUCACUUGGCAGAGCUUGGCUGGGCAGCCGCUGGCGUACUCGUUGAAAAUCGACUACGACAUGAGGGGCGUGACGGGCUACGGCUCGAGCCUGAUGGCACUGAUGCCUCCAAAGGUAAACGUCUCGUCGACGGGCCACGUGCCCGUUGAACAGCAGGUCUUUGCGAUAAGACUGCCGUGUUCGGGCCUCGAGAGCGCCGAGGUAAAGGUCGCCAUCAAGCUCAACGUUACCGCGCCACCCGAGACCAAGUUCAGCGACACGAUACUCGUCUUCAAGAGGAACAAGAUAUGCAUGAAAGGCAUCCGGACGCAGUCGAAGAACGACUCGGUGAAGCUAGAGGCUGGGCCCCUGGCGAACGGCAACCACGCCUUCUACGUAGCAGCCACGUGUGCCUGUGCCCUUAUCUUGGUCGUCGUCGGCGUCGCCAGCAUCAUCUACAUUCGCAACAGCAAGGCUCGCUCGCAGCACCCGAGGAAGAGCCUGGCGUGUUGCAGUUACUCCGCAGCGGGAGCGAACGGGUUGGCCGCCAGCUCGGUCCUCGUGAAGGUGGACAACCGGCCGGGCAGCGCAAAUUCCGGGAGCUACGCCACCAUAGCCGACCUCGAGCCUCUGUACGCCCGACCUUGCGGCUCCAGGGCCAGCUACUACGCCGCUAGCCACGUGACCCACUUGAGCCAGGCGACGGACCCGUGCGAGAAGGCACGAGCGGUAAUAGUGCCUCGGGCCGCGAUGCAGUGUCGGAGCGUCGUGCAAGAGGGUACCUUUGGCAGGAUCUAUCGGGGCACCCUGAGCCAGGCCGGCAGGGAGCAGGAAGUCAUCAUAAAGACAGUCACAGACGCAGCCUCGGCCUACCAGACGUCCCUCCUGGUGGUGGAGGGAGCGCAGCUGGCUGGUCUGGUGCACGGGAACGUGGCGUCGCUGGCGGCUUCCUGCCUCGAUAGCACCGCGCCCAUGCUGGCCUACGCCUGCACGCCGAGCGACCUCAAUCUCAAGACCUACCUUACCGACGGCAAGAAUCAUCCGGUGACGCGGGAUCUUGUCAACAUCGCCGUGCAGGUGGCGAGGGCUGGAGCUUUCUUGCACGGCCGGGGAAUCCUGCACAGAGACAUAGCGACGCGUAAUUGCCUGGUGGACACGAGCAGUUUGCGCACCAGACUGGCGGACGCGGCACUGUCGCGCGACCUCUUCCCCCAGGAUUACCAUUGCCUGGGCGACAACGACAACAGGCCCAUCGGCUGGAUGUCCUUGGAAUCGCUGCAACUCGGCCAGUACAGCACGGCCAGCGACGCGUGGUCGUUCGGUGUGUUCCUGUGGGAGCUGGCGACGAUGGGUCAGCAGCCGUACGCCGAAGUGGAUCCAUUCGAGCUGGCAGCGUGCCUGCGGGACGGCUAUCGACUCGCCCAGCCCCGACCCUGUCCCGACGAGCUCUUCGCCGUGAUGGCCGUCUGCUGGUUGGGCCCGGCGCGUGACCGACCCACCAUGCCCCAACUGCUCGCCUACCUUCAGGAGUUCUACGACGCCCUCGGGGGAUACAUCUAA